AUGGAUUCCCUUUCUCAAUUACUACUGAUUCCUGGCUUUGUAGCUCUAAUUUUGCUGUUUAAUCUAUGGAUAUCAUCAAGAAGGCCUCAUAAAGAGCAUCAGACCAACGGCAACGGCAAGUCGCCGCCUGAAGUGACCGGCGCAUGGCCGGUCAUCGGCCACCUCCACCUCCUCAGCGACCGGACCCCCGCUCGCCCGACCCUCGCCGCCAUGGCCGACAAAUACGGCCCAAUCUUCACCCUCCGUCUCGGCGUCUACCGCGUGCUGGUCGUCAACAGCUGGGAAGCCGUCAAGGACUGCUUCACCACCAACGACAAAAUCUUCGCCAACCGCCCCCAAUCCAGCCACGCCGAGUACCUUGGCUACAACUCGGCCGCCUUCGGCUUCGCCAACCAUGGCCCGUUGUGGCGGGAGAUGCGCCGGCUCACCGUCGUCGAGCUGCUCUCGGCGCGCCGGCUUGAGAUGCUGAAGAGAGUGAGAGUUUCAGAGGUGGAGACUAGCGUCAAAGAGCUCUACAAGGAUUGCCCCGGGAAGGUGGUGAUGAGUGAGUGGCUCGAGCGACUGACUCUGAACAUAAUCGUGAGGAUGAUAGCCGGGAAGAGAUACCACGGCGACUGCGCAGGAGAAACAGAUUCAGAGGCGGCGAGCCACUUCAGGAGAGUGAUCAAGGAGUUUAUGUAUGUGAGCGGGGAUUUUGUGCUGUCAGAUAUGAUCCCGUUUCCGCCGCUGAGAUGGGUGGAUUUGUUCGGAAAGUUGAAGGAAUUUAAGCGAAUUGGGACGGAGUUGGACUGGGUGUUCGAGAAAUGGAUCGAAGAGCAUCGCGGAAGGGUCGCCGGAGAUGAGGAAGAAGACUUUAUAGAUGUGAUGCUGUCUAAAAUUGACGAGAGGUUCACUUAUGGCCACACACGCGACACCAUCGUCAAGGCAACCCUAAUGGACCUCAUCUUAGCAGGCUCGGAAACCACAUUUGUCCACUUGACAUGGCUCUUGUCCCUAUUACUCAACAACAGACACGCCCUCAAGCUCGCUCAGCAAGAGAUGGACGACAAAGUGGGCAAAGACAGAUGGGUUGAAGAAUCCGACAUCGUGAACCUGCCCUAUCUCCGAGCCAUUGUCAAGGAAACGCUGCGCCUGUACCCGCCGGCGCCGAUAGCCGUGCCGCACGAGGCCUCCGAAGACUGCCGAGUGGGAGGUUAUCACGUUCCCAAAGGCACUCGCCUCUUCGUCAACGUCUGGAAGCUGCACCGGGACCCUCGGAUUUGGUCCGAUCCCGACGAGUUCAGGCCGGAGAGGUUCUUGUCGAGCCACUCGGAAGUCGAUGCUUCCGGCCACCACUUUGAGUUCGUACCGUUUGGCUCCGGCAGAAGGUCCUGCCCCGGAAUCACACUUGCUACUCAGGUGACGCACUUGACGGCGGCUCGAUUACUUCAGGGUUUUGAGAUGGCGACCAAGUCAGAUGAAGCAGUGGACAUGGCGGAAGGGUUUGGCAUCACCUUGCCGAAGGCGACUCCAUUGGAAGUACUGAUAACCCCCCGUCUUAGUUAUGAAUUGUAUAUAUGAUCAUUGUUGAAUAUGCAUGCGUAAGUCUAUUAGAAUGAAUAAAUACCUACCAUGUUAUAA